AUGUCGGCUCCUCGUACCCUUUAUUAUGCUGCAUUAGUUCGUAUCCUUCAGUAUCUCAAAGGCACCAUAUUUCAUGGUCUUCAUUAUUCCGCCCGCUCCUCUCUCCAGCUUCGUGCUUUUUUCGAUGCUAAUUGGACUGGAGAUCCUACUGACCGCCACUCUACUACUGGCAAGAAACAAUCUCUUACUGCUCGUUCCAGUACCGAGGCUAAAUACCGUGCUCUUGCUGAUACUACUCAGGAGCUUCUUUGGCUUCUUGCUGACAUGGGUGUUACCCCCUCUGGUGCUACUGACCUCUUUUUGUGA